GGGCGGGGCUUGGUUUAAACCGGAGUCCCGCCGCAGACAAAAGUGUCAGGUUUCCUGUAGCCACAGUUUAUACGACGCAGGCGGCUGUCAGCAGUUCAUCACCCGCGGAGAAACUUUCUUUGUGGGACGUUUAUGGACCCACGCUGCGGUGUUUAGACUGAUAUCAGCCCGAGUAUUUCUAUUAACUUUGUUAAAGUGUCAAGUACCUCUGCUGUCAUGGCAGAGGGAGCGGACUGCGGUUCGGCCAACCCCGCGAAGAGGAAGCAACCAGCCGGGAGGAAGAGCAGACAGAGCCAGGGGAAGAGGAUUUCCAGCAGCCGGGUCUGUUUGGAGAAAGUCUUGGGUAUCAGCACAGCCAGCAGCAGUGGUUUGACAUCUGACCCCAACACAGGAAUCAUUGCCUACCCUGCAGGGUGUGUCGUCGUGCUGCUUCACCCGAAGAAGAACAAACAGAGUCACAUCAUCAGCGCCUCCAGGAAACCCUUCAGUGCGUUGGCCUUCUCUCACGAUGGGAAGCACCUGGUCACCGGUGAGAGCGGUCACAUGCCCUGCGUGCGGGUCUGGGAGCUGGAUGGAGGUCAGGUGGCUGAGGUUCAGUGUCACAAGUACGGCAUUUCCUGCGUGGCGUUCUCCUCCAACAGCUCCUACAUCGUCUCUGUGGGUUACCAGCAUGACAUGACUGUGAGCGUGUGGGACUGGAAGAAAGGUUCCAUCAUCGCCUCCAACAAAGUGUCGAGCCGAGUGUUUGCCGUCUCCUUCUCCCAGGACAGCAGCUACUUCGUCACAGCGGGAAACCGCCAUGUCAAGUUCUGGUACCUGGACGCCUCCAAAGAACGACGGGUGAACAGCACGGUGCCUUUGAUUGGCCGUUCGGGGUUGCUAGGUGACCACAAGAACAGCGUGUUCUGCGGGUUGGCGUGCGGGCGGGGCCGCACGGCGUCCAACACCUACUGCAUCACCAGCUCCGGCCUGCUGUGUCUGUUCAACAGCAGCCGACACCUGGAGGCCUGGGUCAACCUGAAGACAUCGUCGGCGAGCUGUCUGGCGGUCAGUGAGAGUUUCGUUUAUUGCGGCUGCGCUGACGGCGUCAUCCGAGUGUUCGGCCCGUCCAACCUGCAGUAUGUCACCACGCUGCACCGGCCGCACCGCCUGGGAGUUGACCUCGCUCAGAGCGGGCAGCACGGAAGCCUGCUACCUGCCAGCCCAGGUUCUCGGUACCCAGACACGCUGGCUCUGACCUUUGACCCCGCUGCCAGACACCUGACCUGCGUGUACAACGACCACAGCCUGUAUGUGUGGGACGUCAAGGACGUGAAGAACGCCAGGAAGCUGUACUCCGCCCUGUACCACAGCGGCUGUGUGUGGAGCGUCGAGGUGUACCCGGAGCUGCCGGAGCCGGCGCAGGCCUGCCUGCCUCCAUCGUCCUUCCUCACCUGCUCGUCCGAUAACACCAUCAGACUGUGGCACGCCGACCCCCCCGGCGCACACACAAACCUCUACAGCAAUGACCUGCUGAGGAUCUUGUACGUGGGAGAGAACACGCAGCACCUGCAGGCAGAGGGGGAGGCAGCGGGGGGUGACGGGAAGGCGGGGAUCAAAGUGCUCUGCAUCAGCCCGGACGGACGGCACCUGGCGGCCGGAGACCGCUGCGGAAACCUGCGGGUCUUCGGGCUGCAGUUCCUGGACGAGCUGGUGAAGAUCGAGGCUCACGACUCGGAGGUGCUGUGUCUGGAGUUCUCCCCGAUCUCCACAGGUGUGAAGCUGUUGGCGUCGGCCAGCAGAGACCGACUCAUCCACGUCUUCGACCUGGAGAGGAACUACAGCCUGGAGCAGACCCUGAACGACCACUCGGCCUCCAUCACUGCCGUCAAGUUCACAGGUGAGAGCCCGGAGGUUCGACUCGUGAGCUGUGGAGCCGACAAGAGCAUCUACUUCCAGACAGCUGAGCAGACUUCGGAGGGCCUGCAGUUCUCCAGGAGUCAUCACGUGGUGGAGAAAACGACUCUGUACGACAUGGACCUGGACUCGAGCCGGACGCACGUCGCCGUCGCCUGUCAGGACCGAAAUGUCAGGGUCUACAACGUGGAAACAGGAAAAUUGAAGAAGUGUCUGAAAGGCUCGUCCAGCGAUGAGGGGGCCCUGUUGAAGGUUCAGAUGGAUCCAUCAGGCUCCUUCUUCGCCACCAGCUGCUCCGACAAAAACAUCACCAUCUUUGACUACGAGUCAGGAGAGUGCGUCGCCACGCUCUUCGGCCAUUCAGAGCUGGUCACCUGCAUCAGGUUCAGUCAGGACUGCAGACACCUGAUCACGGUGUCAGGAGACAGCUGUGUGUUUGUGUGGCGGCUGGACGCUCAGAUGACCAGCACCAUGAGGAAGAGGCGGGGUGUCAGGCUGACCGCUGCACCUGAAAACCACAAAAAGCCAAACAUCAGGAGGGAGACCUUCAUCACGGUGCCCUCCUCUCAGCUGCCUCAGAUGGAGGAGGAGGAGGAGCGGAGGACUCCCUGCAGGCUGGACCCGUGUCCUGACGCUCCGCUGCUUCAGACCAACGGGAAGCUCCCCCUGUGGUUCAAGAAGCUGCAAGGACAGGGUGGAGCCUCCUCCACCAUCCAGUCGGAGAGCGAGCCUCGUCAAGUGCGCAGUCGGUGGGCGGAGCAGAUGAACCCUUUGACCUUCUGCUCCAACUUCUCUCCAAGUCCCAACAAGAGCCAGGGGGAGGAGGAGGAUGACGAUGAGGAGGAGGAAGAGGAGGAGGAUUUCCACCCUCAGAGUCUGGAGUGUCUGCUGGAGGAGGAGGAGGAGGAGGUGCUGCAGACAGCAGGCAGAGAGCAGAACACCUUCAUCCUGUAUCCUAGCAACACCACAGCCACCCCUGAAAGCGAGUUUGAGGUGGAGGGUGUUUCCGUUCCACAGCAGUCACUGAGCCAGCUGGAGGUCAGAGGUCAAGGGGAGGAGCCUGUAUGGCGCACUCAGCUGAGUCCGGAUUCCGCCUGUUCUGAGGGAUCAGCAGGAAGUCUGGAGCAGCAGCACGACCCGGACACCGACUCCCUGAGUCAGGGCAGCUCAGUGGGCAGUUUGGGUUUGGAGGACGACGAGGACAGAAACUCUCUGAAGAACCACUUUGAGACUCUGGCCUCCGGUCUGAGCGAAGAGAAGUUUGACACAGACCUGAAGACUCUGCAGCCUCCAGAUGAAAAGCACUUCCUGAACCCCCGACUCAGCAUCUCCACGCGCUUCCUGUCCCGCUUCCAGGACAGAAUCAGGGCGAGCCGAGCUCCGCCACCCGUUUCCGUCCCAACCAGGAUCUCUGAGGAGAGCAACAUCAGCACCACAUCGGUGAACUCGGAGUCGAGCAGUGACGUCUCCUCAGCCGGGCUGACUCAGGGAGAGAACAGAGGAGGAGGAGGAGCAGCAGGAGCAGGAGAAAGAGGAGGAGCAAGCUGCCGACAAUCCGCCCUCCGUAGAAGAGCUUCCUGCCCAAUUUCCCAUCAGCCCCAGCACCGCAGCACACCCCGCAGAAGAAACACCGCGCUGGUCGUCCUGUGCAGAAAGACGUUAGGAGACAUGACCUCCAGGACCAUCAAGGCCCAAAACAGCUGCAGCGAGGAGGCGGCGGACCAGCCGUCGGCUCUUCAGCUCAGAUACCUGGGAACCACAGCCAGCUCCAGGGCCAAACUGAGCCGGGACCCUCUGGGUUCCACCUCCGUGCCCUCCUCCACACCCACGCUGGAGGAGAACAAAGAGAACCUCCCCUCUCCAGCAGACUGCCAGCCUCCAGCCUCCACCCUGCUCUCUGCUAGACAGGACAGCAAACCUGACAACCACCAGGACCAGACCAGCAGCCUGCAGGUUUGGACCAUGCCCACUCAGGUGAUGUCACAGCUCAUAGUCGACAGGUGUAGUGUCAGCAGCACAGAGGAGACUCUAAUCCAGACCCCUGUGGCAACACCCACCACCUGUGAGGUCAUUCCGUGCCCUGCCUCCAUGAAGGAGGAAGAUCGAAGACCGUCGGAGACGAGAACGACAGCUGAUCCAGAUGUUUCUCUAUCAGCUGAUUCGCUGCUCUCUGCUCCACCCACCUCAUCCUCCUCCCCUCUAGAAGAGAGGCUCUGCCCCAUUCACACAGGUUCGGGAGGAGACGAAGAGUCGGUGAGCGUGCAGUGUCUGCAGGUCGCCGCCGAGCUGAGGGAGACAGCGAGACGAGCCGUCCAUCUUUACCAGAAGCUGGGCGCGACGCUCUCUGGCUCACGGCAAUGUCUCCAGGUGUCGUCGGCGAUGCUGGAGGCGUUUGACGUAGUUCGCUCUGACAUGCAGGAGGUGCUGCGGGAGUCGGGCGGCGGCGGUGGCGCCCCCUGCGGUCAGCUGGAGGACAGCAGGACGGCGUCUCUGCUGGAGACGUAUUCUGAGCGGCUGCUGCAGAUGGUGGAGGAGAAAAUGAAGCGUGUGUGAGCCAAUGGUGGAUUUUAAAUCAGUAUUAAACUGCGUGCACCUUAUGUCUGUGUGUCUGAGUGUGAAUCACAGUCAGUGUCUGUAAAUACUUCAUGUUUCCUAAUAAACGCUGUUUUUACUUUA